UCUCUCUCCCACACACACUUUCUCCAUACCCCUCUCUCUCUAGUGAGCUUCCCUUUCCUCCACUACAACCUCAAUUACACCUUUAGGGCUGCAAGCACACGCUUCUCUUUCACUCUCUCUCCAUAGGGAGUACCUACUAGCAGCUGCAACCCUGGCCAUCUCAUCUCUCUCUCUCUCUAUAAUAGUUCCCCAUCUCCCUCCCAGCCACAGCUCUUCCUCUUCUUCUCUAUCUUCAGCUCCACUCCACCACUCCACCAUGGGAGACCCCUACAGCAAUUUUCUCAGAGGCCACUACUCCCACUUACCUCCCUCCAACGCUCCCCCCGCCACCUCCUUCCCCAGCAGCUACGCCUCCUCCUACUACCUCCACCACCCGCCUCCCCACUCCCCUCCCAUCAGGGAAGCCCUCCCCCUCCUCAGCAACCUGACGCCAUCGUCAGCGACCAACCACAACCACGGCGGCGGCGACGUCCGAGAUCACAAGGACGGCAAUAAGCGCGCCACUUCGCGCAGCAACCAAGAAGAGGCCGAUCAGGCCGCCGCCGGGGAGGUCACGGUGGCCUUGCACAUCGGCCUGCCCAGCCCCGGCUCCGGCCCCAGCCCCUCCGAGUCGGCGGCGGACGGUGGCGAUAGCCAAGAACCAUCAGCGGAAGGGAGGAGCCAGCAGCAUCAAGGCGUCGACCAUGAAGCGGGGGAAGAGGAGGAAGCGGAGGAGGAGGACGCCAUGACGGUGGGCUGCGCGUCCAUCGGGAUCGGGAGGCUGACGAAAGGGCAGUACUGGAUCCCCACCCCGUCGCAGAUCCUCAUUGGGCCCACCCAGUUCUCCUGCCCCGUCUGCUACAAGACUUUCAACCGAUACAACAACAUGCAGAUGCACAUGUGGGGCCACGGGUCGCAGUACCGCAAGGGCCCGGAGUCGCUGCGCGGCACGCAGCCGACGGCGAUGCUGCGGCUGCCGUGCUACUGCUGCGCGGCGGGGUGCCGGAACAACAUCGACCACCCGCGGGCGCGGCCGCUCAAGGACUUCCGCACGCUGCAGACGCACUACCGCCGCAAGCACGGCAUCAAGCCCUUCAUGUGCCGCAAGUGCGGCAAGGCCUUCGCCGUGCGCGGCGACUGGCGCACCCACGAGAAGAACUGCGGCAAGCUCUGGUACUGCGCCUGCGGCUCCGACUUCAAGCACAAGCGCUCGCUCAAGGACCACAUCCGGGCGUUCGGCCGCGGCCACGCCGCCUGCGGCAUCGACUGCUUCGACGACCUCGACGACGACGACCGCGACCCUUCCUCCGAGGUCGACCACGCCGCCACCACCAACGCUACUAGCAUGACUACUACCGCUGCCGCCGCCGCAGCUAAUGCUCACCGUCGUCACCACAGCGUGUGGAAGCCGCCGCCGCCGCCGCCGCCGCCAUUGUCGUCGUCGAGCAGAGGCUCCGGCGACCGACUGCUAUAGACCAGGGGUGAGUGCGUACGCUACGGUACGGUAAGGUACUACUACAGCAAGCAAUCGAUCCGUAACCCAAUGCAAACGUAUGUAUAUUGUUGAGUGUGUUGCGUGUGAAACUGAAACCAUGCGUCGAUCACUUAACCGUGCAUGAGAAAAGAGCAUGCACGCAAGGUUUCCAUUCAUCGAUCGAUAGACGUAUAUAUAAGCAGCAUGCAGCAGGGUUUAUGUAUGUAUGCAUAUAAUUAAAGGAUCUAAUUGUACGUCUGAUUAGCCGUAGCCUAGCCUAGCUAGCUUCAUUGUAUGUGCGGACUUUGAUCCAUCUGCUAUACGUAUAUGGUGGACGGUUCAAUAUACAGAUUGUUAAUGUUAACCUGAGAAAAUAAUCGUGCAGUGCAGCAUGGAAGUGGUGAAGAUAUAUACGUACACUGUACAUAGUAAUCCUACUGAGUCUGUACUUAUAUAUACAAAGUUUUUUUUAUUUUUCUUGUUUUGCUUUUAGCAUGUUAAUUUAUGAUGGUUCCAUAAUGAUUGGGGAUAUACAUAUUGGGGUCUGGAGCU